AUGAAGUUUAUCACCCUCCUUUCCCUUGUGGGCCUUGUCGCCUCCUUCGCGCCUCAAGAGGCUGGACGUCCAUCCACCGAGAUCAACUCUCUUUUCGAUAACAUCGCCAACAUGGACCUUUUCUCACCAGUCAAGGACCAAAACGACUACGGAGCCCGCAACAAGAAGAAGCUCGCUGUUGGAAAGAUCGGCAGUGGCUCUUACGUCCCAGCUGGCUUGACUGCCGAUGAAUAUAACAAGAUCCGCAACAAGGAAGCCGCCAAGAAGAAGGCCAACUACGAGCGCAACGUCAAGAAGGCCGGAAUCUUUACCGACUACACUGACUGGUACAUCAAGCGUGGAACUGACCAAUCCCAAAAGUGGAAGAAGGAUGUUACCCUUGGACAUGAAAUGGCCAAGACCAAGUAUGACUGGCAAGACAUUGGUGAUGCCAAGCGCAAGUACCGUGGUGCCGCAGCUGCUGAGGCUACCAAGAAGGCCGCACCAAAGAAGAAGAGAACUCUCUUUGGAAAGUAG